CUAUAAAUCGAUAUAAAGCCUCCCGCCUGGCUUAAAACUUGGCCAACCCCCAAAAUUCUCGGCAAUUUUAAUUUCGCCGCCUCGACUCUCUCCGGCGCUUUGUUAUUUUUUUUUUUAUUCCUGCUGCCCCCGUCACGGAGGCGACACAAUCAUCACACACAACGUACGAAUCGAAUCAAAACAAAUACGGCAGUACACACGGAACGACUAUAGCGCCGAGUGCCGGACAAAUGCAAAAAAUAAAAUAAAUAAAAACGGGGAAAAACGGAUAAAUGUGAAAUACAAUAGAAAAACAAUUUAAAAAAAUAUCGUAUUCUCACUCAAAAACUCUAAAAGACUGCAAUCUGCCUUAAUCAAAGGAUAAAUAUCAAACAAAAAGGACGAAGAAAACAGACCAGUGACGAAAGAAAAGUGUCUCAUAGAUUGAUUUCAAAAUUUUUGAAAUCAAAAAUCGGAAAUCGGAACCAAAACAGACAACAGGAAUUGAACAAAAAUGAGUUCGUUUAUCGAACUUUUGGGACUUUUCCUGCUCCUGAUGCUGCCAUUUCUCUACGAAACGAAUCACAUAUUUCGUUACUACUUCAAAUUCCUCAUCUACUAUGGGAUAGUGUCCUUUAACUCGAUUGUCCUUAUUCCGGCCUUCCUAACACGUCCCUGCGAUGUUCGCAAUCUAUUAUGGGCUAGCACUUGGUGCCAUCGCAUCUCCACGCUGAUCGGCCUGCGCUGGGAGCUGCGCGGCAAGGAGCACCUGGCCAAGGACCAGGCCUGCAUCAUUGUGGCCAAUCAUCAGAGCUCCCUGGACGUCCUGGGCAUGUUCGACAUCUGGCAUGUGAUGAACAAGUGCACGGUGGUGGCCAAACGGGAGCUGUUCUACGCGUGGCCCUUCGGCCUGGCCGCCUGGCUGGCGGGUCUCAUCUUCAUCGACCGGGUGCGGGGCGAGAAGGCGCGCGAGACCCUGAACGAGGUGAAUAGGAAGAUCAAGCGGCAGAGGAUCAAGCUCUGGGUCUUCCCGGAGGGCACACGACGCAACACCGGGGAACUGCAUCCGUUUAAGAAGGGCGCCUUCCACAUGGCCAUCGACCAGCAGAUACCAAUCCUUCCGGUGGUGUUCAGCUCGUAUGGGACAUUCCUCAACGACAAGAAGAAGAUCCUGAACGCUGGCAGGAUAGUGAUAACCACAUUGCCCCCGGUUAGUACCGAGGGUCUGACCAAAGACGACAUCGAUGUCCUCAUGGAGCGAGUACGGGUCCAGAUGACGGAGACUUUCAAGUCGACGUCAGCGGAGGCGUUGCAAAAAUACAAGCCCCUCAAGAGUCGGGGCUCGGGGUCCAUAACACGCGAGGAGGCGGCUGGAGCUGGAGGAGUGUUGAGUGUCUCGGCGCCUCUGCCGGAUGCGGCUUCUGUGGCAGCUGCCGCCGCGGUGGCGAACAGUCCGAGUGGCUACAGUCCAGCGGCAGCCAAGGCGCCCACCAUGCUUAAGACGCUCUAGGUGGCACAACCUACACACUACACCCAUCACACACAACUCAUCCACACACCCACAAAAAACCAUCACGGGCGUAGCUGGAAUACCAUAUUUGGGGUUUCAAUUAAAAAUUUGUAAUUUUUAAAAUUUUCAGUUUAGUUUUUACCCUUUUUUCCAAUGGGUAUAUAUUUUGUAUUUUAAUUUAUGUUUAAAUUAUGUAGAAAGUAUUUAUUUUAAAUCAUUUUUUAAUCCAUAAAGUGAGUUUGAAAACAAAAAACUAUUCAAAAUUGGUUGAAAACUAUUCAACUUAGAAUUUCUUUUUGUUUUUACAAGCCAAAGUUAAUGAAAAAAGGAUACUAGUCUAAUUUAAAAGUUAUUUAUGAGUUUUUAUUAUUUUAUAUUAAGAAGAAAAGGAAAAAAAAUAUAUGUUUCAAGGGAAUAAAAAGUAAAAAAAAAGUUUCAAGUGAAAAAUAGUUUUAUAAUUUGUAAUUUUCAUUGAUAAAAAUGUAUAAAAAUUUAGGAAUUCAUUUUUUGAAUUAGUUGGCAAACAAAAAGAGCUAAUUUCUUAACUUUUAAAACAAUUUUUUGAUUAUUUUUGAGAAAAAAAGAAAAUGAAAAGAAAUUUAAGGGAAACAGUUUUAUAUAUUUCUAAAUUUUGUCACUAAAUUUCUUCUUAAAAAAUAGGUUUCUAGCUACACCCAAAAAGAUAUAUAUAUAAAAAUUCAAAAAACCAUAAACACCACUCACAUCCACAUCCCAGUAGUUUGGCUAAUUCAGGCACCAAUUGAGUAUUAGGAGCAGCAACAACCAAAUUGCGACCGUCGACUGUCAGACUUUAACUUCUUCUUAGGCAACGCAUACCAAAAAAAAAAUAUAUAUAUAUAUAAAUUUAAAAAAAAUUACAUAAAUAAAUCAAAGACAUCAAAUUUAAUCAACACUGUGCAGCAGGGUUAUGGAAAAAAGAACUCAUCUAACGCGAAAUGGUUUGGAUUAUUGUUGUGUAAACUAUAGCUAGAGCUUAGAUAUAGAUUGUAAAUUGGUCUCUUGGAAAACGUUGCUGCAAUAGUAUUAAAAAAAAAAAAAUAAUAAAACAAAAGGUGUAUAAAAAGUAAUGGAAUAAUCCAAACCAAUUCGAUAUUUUGUUGCCGUGUGCAAUAAUUAGUUUAUUAAACCAAAAAUACCUAUAAAUAAUAUACAUAUAUUAUAUAUAAAAAAUAAAAGUAUCUAACAGUAAUGCGUAUUCAGAACGAUAAAUAAUCGAUUUUUUACAAUCGAUUUUAUCGAAGGAUAUGUAUUAAAUUUUACUAGACAUUCCCUAACUAGGUUAGGGCCUUAAACACACUCCCUUUUUCCCAAAAAAAAUCAAAAAAAAUAGAAUUAGAUCGGUUUCGAUAUCGUUAUCGAUUUAUUUAUUUUAAUUUUUUUUUUUUUUUUUUUUGUAUCACCUCAUGGCAUCUAAGGAAUUUAAGGGAUCUUUAAACUAAUAUAUAACACACACACACACACCUAUUUAUGUAUUGUAAUCGAGUAUAUAUAUUGUGAAUUGUAAUACCAUCAGUCUGGUAAAGUGUUAAACUUAACUAUUGUAAA